UCUUCAAUUUUGCCAAUGCUUGUGCCUAACAAGCAGUUAGGUCUUGGGCGUUCCCACAGCUGGGACACCUUGGGAGGGAAUGAGGGUCAGUGGGAAAGGCAGUGUGACAGCGUCUAUGAGCAGCAAGCAAGAGUAGCGGGCCGACGAAACUCUUUGUCAUACGGGGAGGGGGGAGGGUGGUACGAGGCUCCACCGGGAUUGCGUCCUCCUGACCUGGAUUUGAAACGUGCUCCGUAUUCCUACCAAGACUCUCCCUACGGGCAGGUUUAUGCUGAGCGGCACGAUCCACGGGGGCUGAGGAAGAGCUCUGUACCAGAUUUAAACCAUUACGAGCGGGCRCCCAUGGCUCACCGAGGAUCCAUUCCACAUCAGGAUUACUAUCCUCACGAUCCUGCUAUGACUCCUCGGCCACCUGAGGGUCUUUACCGGUCAGAUCACCCACCCCUGCCGUCUCAUCCGCUCAGCAGGUCAGGUUCACAUUUUGGGAUGGCGCCGGGGGCUCGUGCUGGAUGGGAUCAGAGUCAGYCAGGUAGGACAGGACCACAAGCCCCUUCAUCACCUCUGCCUCCUCCGCCUCCUCCAACAGUUCAUGAGUUGAAUCGAGCUUAUAGGGAAACUGGUGCUGUAACCGUUGCCAAGAUGAUGCCAGAUGGUCAACAACGCUUACUUUCCAGAGACCCACCUCCUGUUCACUAUGGAAUGGAGCAAGCUUCUCCUCGAUAUGCCAGUGAACCUCCACCUCUGACUGGUCAGUCAGUCUUUACGGAUGUUGAUGGCCACCCCCUGGAUUCACAGCAGCAAGUUGCUACCUGUCUUGUAGUCGAUCCAGUCAGUCAAGGAGUCAUAAUGAGGCAAGAUACAGCAUCACCUUACACCAUCCAACAACAGCAGCAAUUACAACAGCAAAUACAGCAGCAACAAUUGCAUCAGCAGCAACUUCAACAACAACAAAUUCAGCAGCAGCAACUCCAGCAGCAGCAACACUCUCAACAGCAGCAAUUACAGCAACAGCAGCUACAGCAACAACACAUACAGCAGCAGCAGCAGCAACCAAUUCAACAACAGCCUCAACAAGACCAGCUGCAGCAACAUCUGCAGCAACAACCACUUCCACCUCCACCUGCCAUGCCAGUGUCCAACCCACACCUCGCCAUGUCGGCUCCAAUUCCAGCUUCACCUGCUCCUGUGCAGCCUGCAGCCGUUCUCCCAGCUGUACCUGUUCCUGUGCAGGCAGUCCCUACUCCUGCACCCCCUCCUCCAACUACCCCGCUUCCUGCUCCAUCUUCUGAACCUCCCCUAGCUACUCCACAGACACCAUUGCCCAUGGACCCCAAGAAGGCAGUUGAUACAGAAUUCCUUUCUUUGUUGCGUAACGAGGGCUUAACAGAGAGCACCAUUUCAUCACUCAUCCAGCAGGGAUUUGACUCCACUGGCAUGCUAACUGUCAUGGAAGACAACGAUGUCCGCACCGUUGCUCCCAACCUCGGCCAAGCUCGUGUGCUGUCUCGCUUGCUCCACAACUUGAAGCGGCCUCUUGAGGCUACUCCAGCCCCCUCCCGACCUCAGACACCAAUGCGAGGUCGCUCUAAUAGCUUUAGCCAUCGUUCAGACAUCUACCAUCAACAGCAUCACCAUUCAUCCCAUCCUUCCCACGUUUUAGCCAUCGAUCCUCAACUUAUGCCCCCACCAACCCCUGGGGCUAUGCAAACCAUUUCCCCAAGGAUGGGCGAGGUARUAAGUAGGAGGCCCAGCAGUGCUCCCUCUCAGAACUACCUGGAUGCCUCGAUCGGCUACCCAGGUCAACCACCUCGAUCCCCCGGGCCAUACUCUGGAGCCAUUAUGCCUGUUCAAACAAGACCUAUGUCAGCAUACUCUUCUGGAGUAACAAUUCCUGGGGUACCUAUGCAGGGUAUGCAGAUAAUGCCCCAGCAGAUGACUGGAUCAAUGCCUGCCAUACCGGGAUCUGUGCCAGGGAUGCCACAGCAGAUGCCUGUGUCCAUGCCAGCUUUGCAGCAGCCACCUCAACAAGUACCAAAAGCAUACUCCACCAAUUACACUGUACCAAUGGAGCUGAUGAAGAGGGAUAGGAGUAUAAUCCCAAUGUCUCCCAUGCAUAGCCCCCACCCAAGUCCUCAGCUGAUACGUAAGGGUCAAGCAUCAGACAAUGCUCUUGUCCCAGUUGGGAUGCCUGUUCAAGGUCAAGGUGCCCUGGUUGCUAACCAGAAGUUGAGUCGACGCACGGGUCCACCUGUCAUCGUGUCUACAAUGGCAUCUCCAGACACAAGUAUUCGGCCCCAGAUUAUGAACGGGCCCAUGCACCCGCGCCCCCUGGUGGCGCUGCUGGACGGGCGCGACUGCACCGUGGAGAUGCCCAUCCUCAAAGAUCUGGCCACGGUGGCYUUCUGCGACGCCCAGUCCACGCAAGAGAUCCACGAAAAGGUGCUCAACGAGGCCGUCGGGGCCAUGAUGUACCACACCAUCACCCUGACCAGAGAGGACCUGGAGAAGUUCAAGGCGCUGCGCAUCAUCAUACGCAUCGGCAGCGGCUACGACAACAUCGACAUCAAGGCCGCCGGAGAGCUCGGCAUCGCGGUGUGCAACAUCCCCUCGGCAGCUGUGGAGGAAACGGCAGACUCCACCCUUUGCCACAUCCUGAACUUGUACCGRCGGAACACCUGGCUGUACCAGGCUCUCCGGGAGGGCACGCGGGUCCAGAGYGUGGAGCAGAUCCGGGAGGUGGCRUCCGGGGCGGCCAGAAUUCGKGGRGAGACGCUCGGCCUCAUUGGAUUUGGCCGAACAGGCCAAGCGGUGGCCAUGCGGGCCAAGGCAUUUGGCUUCAACGUAAUCUUCUACGACCCCUACCUCCAGGACGGCUUGGAGCGCUCGCUCGGAGUGCAGAGGGUCUACACGCUGCAGGAUCUGCUCUACCAGAGCGACUGYGUCUCCCUGCACUGCAAUCUGAAYGAGCACAACCACCACCUCAUCAACGACUUCACCAUCAAACAGAUGCGUCAAGGUGCAUUCCUGGUCAACAUUGCGCGGGGGGGUCUCGUAGAUGAGAAAGCCCUGGCUCAGGCCCUGAAAGAAGGCAGAAUACGAGGCGCUGCCAUGGACGUCCACGAGUCCGAGCCUUUCAGUUUUUCCCAGGGUCCCCUCAAAGAUGCCCCCAACUUGAUCUGCACCCCACACACCGCUUGGUACAGCGAGCAGGCRUCGCUGGAGAUGAGAGAAGCCGCUGCCACAGAAAUUCGUAGAGCCAUCACUGGCCGUAUUCCCGACAGCCUGCGAAAUUGUGUCAAUAAAGAGUUCUUUGUAACUACAGCACCCUGGGGAAUGAUGGAGCAGCAGGCGCCUCAGAUUCACCCUGAAAUCAACGGUGCGGCGUACAGUUUUCUACAGUUUGAUGGGAUAAUGAAGACUCAAAAAUUCCCCCCUGGUGUGAUGGGGAUCGCCCCCGGUGGGAUUGCUGGACCUAUGGAGGGGUUGGUGCCCGGGGGAGUGCCCAUCGCCCACACCCUGCCCCUGGGCACCCAUCCGUCACAGGCCACCUCCCCAAACCAACCCUCCAAGCAUGGCGACCCCAUGAGGGAGCACAUGACUGAGCCGUGAAAGGACUGCUUAUACUGCAGCAAGGCCAAAUCAGUGUAAACUAAAAAAAAAAAAGGAACCAACCAAGUCAACCCAUCCAAACAUAAGCUUGACUUCAGCCAUCUGGACCUACCAGCAAACUGCCUGCCGGGCAACGUUACACACUUUUUUUUGUAUGAAACCAUAAAGUCUGAGUGGACGAUGGGACACGCCUGAGCUGCCACACAGAGAUGGGACUGACCAUCAAACUCAAGCGCAGAAGAACCGAAACAUCUCCUCCUCUUAUAUUAGUUUUUUUUUUUUGUCAUUUACUAAACUAAGUGAUGUUUUUGUUUAUAUCUUUAUCUUCUCAUAUAUCUAUUAGAGAAAUUCCUCUGGACUUCUUGGACAUGUUACCAAGUGUAGGAUGGAAGACUURACCCAUUCCCUCUCUGGUUUAAAGGACGACCCGUCAAAUGUUUUCCCCUUCAGCUUCACUCGUUUUUUUCUCUCUGUCUUGUGUUGCUUUUUUUAGUUUUCUUUCAAUACUUAUUAAUUCUCCAUUCUGUAUUUUUGUUACAAUAUUGUUUGCCCCUGUUCUUCAAUGUGUGGGAGAAAAAAAAAAAGAAUGAUUUUAAAGUUAUGCUUAGCAAAUUCGAAAAGUUCAAAAGGUGGCAAGACUAUUUCAGACAUCAGCUCAUUUUUCUGUUUUUAUUUUUGCCCUCUUUCUGUUUCUUGCCCCAGAAUGUAAAGACAAAAUGUGGGGCAGGAUGUGUGGAAAAAAAAGAUUUGAACUUGUGAGAUAGAAAUGAUCCAUUUAAAUAAAUAAAAGAAUAAUAUUUGAGACAAAGACAAGCAUCUUGGCCUUGCUGAGCCAGGGUACUGAUGAUAUUUGGUUCCUAGAGAUUUACCGUCAGCAUCCAAAGGACCUAAUUUAUAUAACAACUAAACAUUUUUGAGGAAUAAAUGUGUUUAGUAGGCCAGAAACAGAAAAUAUCUUACUCAGGAAGAAAAAUAAUAUUAAAAUGAACAGGGGAAAAAAAGAGGGAAAAAAUCUGGAUUACUGUUUUUCACGUCUUUCUCCAUUGUGGUAUUUUUUUAUAUAUCAAUUGUGCAUUUUUUGAUGUUGACGUUUUUUUCACUCCUGUUAGAUUUGUAUUGAUAAAUGUAUUACCGUAGUCUUACGUGACCAGGACCACCCCGCCCCACCCMCCUCAGUCAUAGUUUUUUCUUUGUUGCCCUGUCCUAAUGGGAGCCAGCUGGGGCUCUGUGAACACGCAGCAGCCACGUUCAUCCCCUGCAGCUCUGUAACUUUAGAAAGAAGUGGCUGCUAGCAGAUUGUUUGGUUUUUAGUGUGAGUGUUUGUAUUUGUUUCUUGUAUAAGGUGAACAUUUAGCAUACAGUGCAGUUGGAACCAAUAAAUAAAACUUACUGUUCUGAUUAAUAAUAGGUAGCAAAAACGCUUACCGGUAUUUUCUUUGUUUGGUUUUGUUUACAUAUUUUCUUGGCACUAUGUUUUAAAAGAUCUGACUGUUCUCAGCUUCUCAAAAUAACGCACAAUUUCUGAUAUAA